CGGAACGGCUGUGGGCCUCUUGCAGUGAGGAGCCGAGCCGCUCUAGUUCCGCUGACAUGUGAGGCUUCCGAUGGCUCUCAGCCAAUAGGAGACGAGCAGCGACCAGGACGCUGUGACGUCACUCUUCGUUUAAAUAGAGCGACGCGGGCACGCACAGCCCGACGCACGCGCGUUGACAACGAAUCCCUGCUCUGACCCGCGCCAGGAUCCGAGCCAGCAGGAGCAGAACUCGGGAUCAGGCACGUCCCUCCGCCCGAACCCGGCAGCCCUCUGGCGCCGCUCGGCUCGGGUGUCUGGUUGCCGUGGAAACGAGCAACAGGUCGAUGUCCGGGCCAGGAGAGAGGAGCGUCCUGGAGGAGAACCUGCGGAGGGAGACCUGGUGCCGAGUGGAGUCCAGUCCGGGUCACGCUUGGUGCAGGUCUGAGAGAAGACACUACCGGACCCACCUGAGGACCAGCAAGGUCCUCCUCGCCGCGCUGGGCGAUGAGCCGAGGACGUCCUGCAGAGAGACGCUGCCACACAGCGCCCUCAGGCGGCCGGAGAGGCGCCACUACAACCAGAGCGAACUUCGAGGAGGCUGUUCUGGAGAAUGUUCUGGUGAAUGGGCUGAAGUGGACGGAGGCUCCCGACGCUGAAGAGGAGGAGGUCCUGGACCUGGAGGACCAGCUGAGCGACACCAUCCUGGAGGCCACCCUCCGGCGCCGCACCUUCCCCAGACAGAUCCUGGCCCAUGUGGUCGGCGCACUGAAGGCAGAGCGCCUCCUAAUGGGAGGUCAUGACCCCAUGCACACGCCCAGUCUGCUGCCGGAACCAGGCCAAGAAAAGUUGAUGCAGGAUUUGUCGGUUGCUGCUCCCGACCUGGUGCAACACACUCUUCAGGUUGUCAAGUCCAUCCAGACCCUGCAGCACCAGGCCCUGGGCCUCCGCCACAUCCUCCAGCUGGACCCCAGCUCUGACGCUCUGCAGAUCCACCACGACGUUUUGGGUCGGGCCGAGUCUCCGCCUCCCUGUCGGACCGGCUCUCGGCCAAUCAGACGAGCCGUGGAGGAGGCGGCGAUGGCGGACUGUUAUGUGGUGGCGAGGAGUGACGAUGCAAAUAAAUAAAUUUU